ACUCGAAACGCAAUUCAGAAUCUUGUUCAGAAGGUACCAAAAUAUUUAACCAAUGAUAAUAUAAAGUAAACAUAAAUAAUCAAGAAGAAGAAGUUAUUAUCAUGUCCGUGAUUUGAAACCCUAAAAUUAUCGGUUGCUUUGAAGGGGGAGAAGAAGAGAGGAGGAGAGAGAUGUCGUUGGAUCUGUCAUUGAAGUCGGCGUGUAGCGGAUGUGGAAUUGGAUCCCCUGUGGAAUUGUAUGGAAGCACCUGUAAGCACAUGACUCUUUGCCUCACGUGUGGCAAAACCAUGGCUCAGAACAAAGGCAAAUGUUUCGAUUGUGGCGCCGUCGUCACUCGCUUGAUUCGAGAGUGUAAUGUUCGGCCGAGUGCUAGCGCUGACAAGCAUUACUUUAUCGGAAGAUUUUUGUCUGGACUGCCAAAAUUUACGAACAUGAAAAAUUCAGAAUGGACGCUUCAGAAAGAAGGACUACAAGGGCGCCAAGUUACUGAUACUUUGCGGGAGAAGUACAAGAAUAAGCCUUGGCUCUUGGAGGAUGAAACAGGCCAGUUUCAAUACCAUGGUCACCUUGAAGGCGCUCAGUCAGCAACUUACUACCUGCUAGUGCCGGCUAAUAAAGAAUAUAUUGCUGUUCCUGCUGGUUCUUGGUUUAAUUUUAACAAGGUUGCACAAUAUAAGCAACUUACCUUGGAGGAAGCCGAAGAAAAGAUGAAGAACAGGAGGAAGACUGCAGAUGGAUAUGAAAGAUGGAUGAUGAAAGCUGCAAAUAAUGGAGCUGCUGCAUUUGGUGAAGUAGAAAAAAAUUUGGAUGACAAGGAGAGUGCUGGGACAGGUGGGAGAGGACGCAAAAAAAGUGGUGAGGAUGAUGAAGGUAAUGUCUCAGAUAAGGGAGAAGAAGAUGAAGAAGAGGAGGCAGCUAGGAAGAACAGACUUGGACUCAAUAAAAGAAGUGGUGAUGAUGAUGAAGAAGGUCCAAGAGGAGGUGAUCUUGAUUUGGAUGAUGAUGAUGUUGAGAAGGGUGAUGAUUGGGAACAUGAGGAAAUUUUUACUGAUGAUGAUGAAGCUGUUGGUAAUGAUCCUGAGGAGCGGGAAGAUUUAGCCCCUGAAGUUCCCGCUCCGCCAGAAAUUAAGCAGGAUGAAGAGGAUGAAGAUGAAGAAGAGGAGGGAGGAGGACUGAGCAAAUCUGGAAAAGAGUUGAAGAAGCUGCUUGGGCGAACUAAUGGGCUAAAUGAAUCAGAAGCUGAGGACGACGAUGACGAUGAUGAUGAUAUGGAUGAUGACAUUGGCUUUUCUUCUGCGCCGGCUCCAAAGCAGAAGGAUACACCUAAGAAGGAGGAGCCUGCUGAUAACAGUCCAUCAAAACCAGCUCCUUCUGGAGCCAAGGGAACUCCUGCUUCCAAGUCUGUUAAGGGUAAGAGGAAAUCUAAUGGUGAUGAUGCAAAAACAUCUAAUAGUACACCUCUAAAGAAGGCGAAGACUGAAAAUGAUGCUAAAACUUCUGUAAAGGAGGAAAAUGGAUCUGGUUCAAGAAGUGCUGGGCCUCCAAGAGGUACACAAUCAUCAUCAUCGAAAACAGGGUCAGCUGCUGCUUCUGGUCCGGUCACUGAAGAAGAAAUCAGGGCUGUUUUACUGCAGAAGGCACCUGUGACAACACAGGAUCUUGUUGCUAAUUUCAAAGCAAGACUGAAAUCCUCUGAGGAUAAGAGGGCCUUUGCGGAUAUCCUGAGGAGAAUUUCGAAGAUACAGAAGACCAAUGGGCCUAACAACUACGUCGUAUUGAGAGAUAAAUGAUUACAUCCUGACAUAAUACCACUACCAUUCCCAUAUUGCAAACCUCAUUUCAUCAGACAAUUGAGCUUAAGCUACAUUAGCGUCUGGUGUUUCUUGCUUUCGGAGCAAGAAUAACUGAGAAAUUCAGAAGAAUCUUAGUUCUUCCAGUCCAUUAGUUUAUAAACAGACUUGGACUUGUAUGUUUUUCUAUAAACAUUUGUGUUCAGUGUUUCUAUAUUUACCAUUAUGGUCAAUUUUCUUCCA